AUGCCAGCAGUCGAGGGCAAGCUGUUCCUGGAGAAAUACGGCUACUUCGGUGAGCCGGGGGCCGGCACGCACAGCCCCGCCGAGUUCACGGAGGCGGUGAGGGACUUCCAGCGGGUGACCCACCUCCCGCUCAGCGGGGUCCUGGAUGCCCCCACGCUCCAUCAGAUGGCUCUGCCGCGGUGCGGCACGGGUGACGGGGAGAGCCGCACCGCCUGGGCACGCCGGGCAUCUGCCGCCCGGCGCCACAGGCGCACCACGCAGCACGGCGGGAGGUGGUACAAGCGGCACCUGACCUACCGGGUGGUGAACUGGCCCUCCUACCUGCCGCAGCACGAGGUGCGCCUGGCCGUGAAAGCUGCCUUCGAGCUCUGGAGCAACGUGUCCUCGCUGGUGUUUUGGGAGGCGCGGGACGGCCCCGCUGACAUCCGCCUGACCUUCUUCCACGGGGACCACAACGACGGACUUAACAAUGCCUUCGAUGGACCAGGAGGUGCCCUGGCUCAUGCCUUCUUCCCCCAGCGCGGAGAAGCCCACUUCGACAGCGCCGAGCGCUGGUCCCUGCACAGCGGCAAAGGGCGUAACCUCUUCGUUGUGGUGGCACACGAGGUCGGCCACACGCUGGGGCUGGAGCACUCCCCCGUCAAGAGCGCCCUGAUGUCUCCCUACUACAAGAAGCUCAGCAAGGAUUUUGUCCUCAGCUGGGAUGACAUCUUGGCCAUCCAGAACUUGUAUGGGAAGCCCUCCAAGGGCUCAGCCAUCCAGCUCCCGGGAAAGGUCUUCACUCACUUCCAGGACUGGAACGCGGACCUUUAUGGCGGGGACCGGCAGCAGAGGAGCCUCAGCGCCUAUUACUGCCACUCCUUCUUCGAUGCCAUAACUGCUGACGCGGAUCACAACCUCUACAUCUUCAAGGGCAGCCACUACUGGGUGGUGCCGGCCCGCGGCAAUGCCAGCGACCCGCAGCCCCUGCAGACGCGCUGGCCUGGCCUCCCUGCCGGCAUCGACGCCUGCGCCUGGUCCCAGCUCAGCAAGAAGUUUUACUUCUUCAAAGGUGGCCGAUGCUGGUGCUACACGGGCUCCACCUUGGAGGCAGGUUUCCCCCAGAAAUGCAGUGCCCACGGCCUCCCGCGGCACCCCGACACCGCGCUCUACUUCCAGCAGCUCCGGCGCCUGGUCCUCUUCAAAGGACCCAAGUACUUCGUGGUGAGCGAGGAGACCCUCAGCGUGGAGCCCUACUACCCCCGCAGCCUGCAGGACUGGGAGGGCUUGCCCCCCGGCACGGCGGGCGCCAUCACCCACCGCGACGGCUUUGUCUACUUCUUUCGGGAUGACCAGUACUGGCAAUUUGACCGGGCAAAGCUGCAAGUGGUGGCCAUUGGCAAAUGGGCCAGUCAGCUGCCCUGGAUGGGCUGCUGGGAUGCAAACGGUGGGCAGGUCCUCUUCUGA